AUGUCUUGUGACCGCUGCCUCCAGCUGUCGAUGGUGACCUGGGUGCUGCUGCUGCUGACCACAGCCUUUGCCAUGGAAUGCCCCAAGAUCAAGGUGGGGAUGUGCAAGGACUGCAUCCAGUCUGGUCCUGGCUGUGCCUGGUGCAAGAAGCUGAGCUUCACGAAAGCCGGCGAGCCAGACUCCAUCCGCUGCGACACCGUGGAGCAGCUGCUGCAGAGGGGGUGCCCGAGCAGCGACAUCGUGUUCCCAGUGAACGACAUUACAACCACGCAGAACAGCUCCUUGAGCAGCGACAUACAACUCACUCCCCAGGAGGUGCACCUGAAACUGAGGAUAGGGCAGCCUGCUGUAUUCGAGGUGAAAUUCCGCCGUGCCAUGGGGUACCCCAUUGAUCUCUACUACCUCAUGGACCUUUCCUACUCCAUGCUGGAUGACCUGGAGAAGGUGAAGAAGCUGGGAGGGGAGCUGCUUAGGGCGCUGGAGAGCACCACCUCUUCUCGCCGCAUAGGGUUUGGCUCCUUUGUGGACAAGACUGUGCUGCCCUUUGUGAACACGCACCCCGAGAAGCUAAAGAACCCCUGCCCCUACAAGGACAAGCAGUGCCAACCUCCCUUCGCCUUCAAGCACAUCCUCUCACUGACCGAUGAUGCUGAGAAGUUCGAGAGCGAAGUGGGGAAGCAGUUCAUCUCAGGAAACCUGGAUGCACCUGAGGGGGGGCUGGAUGCCAUGAUGCAGGCAGCAGUGUGUGGGGACUUGAUUGGCUGGCGCAACGUGACCCGCUUGCUGGUGUAUGCCACUGAUGAUGGCUUCCACUUCGCUGGGGAUGGCAAGCUUGCAGCCAUCCUGACCCCCAACGACGGUCAGUGCCACUUGGAGGACAACAUGUACAAGAAAAGCAAUGAGUUUGACUACCCAUCUGUUGGCCAGCUGGUGCAGAAACUUGCUGAAAACAACAUUCAGCCCAUUUUUGCUGUCACCAGUAAGGUGGUGGAUGUUUACAAGAAACUCAGUGAGAUGAUCCCAAAGUCGGCAGUGGGAGAGCUGAACGAGGACUCCAGCAACAUCAUUGAACUCAUCCAGGUGGCCUACAACAACCUCUCCUCACUGAUCAUCCUGGACCACUCCACCCUUCCAGACACCCUUGAUGUCAAAUAUGACUCCUUAUGCACUAAAAGCACAAGCACGGACAAAGCAAGAGGGCAGUGUGACAACAUCAAGAUCAACGAAGAGGUCACCUUCAGAGUGAAGGUUACAGCCAAAGAGUGCAUCAAAGGCCAGUCCUUCACGAUCCGACCCCUGGGCUUCACAGACACCCUCACGGUCCACGUGGAGAGCAAGUGUGACUGCAACUGCAAUGAGCAGCCCGACCCAGCCGCCUGCAGUGGCCAGGGCAGCAUUGUCUGUGGCAUCUGCAGCUGCAAUUCAGGCUACACAGGGAAGAACUGCGAGUGUGACACGAAAGGCAAGAGCAGCAAGGAGUUGGAGGGCAGCUGCCGGCGGGACAACAGCUCAGUCCUCUGCUCGGGGCUGGGGGACUGUGUGUGCGGGCAGUGCCUCUGCCACACCAGCGACGUGCCCAACAAGCAGAUCUAUGGCACCUUCUGUGAGUGCGACAACGUCAACUGCGAGUUCCACAACGGCCUUCCCUGUGGUGGCAAAGAGCGGGGCAAUUGUGACUGUGGGGAGUGCAAGUGCACUCCUGAGUACCAGGGCAGCGCCUGCCAGUGCAAGAAGUCAACAGAAGGCUGCUUGAACCAGCAUGGCAAUGAGUGCAGCCACCGCGGGACCUGCCACUGCAACCGCUGCCAGUGCUGGGGGGGAUACCAGCCACCCCUCUGCCAGGAGUGCCCCAGCUGCCCCUCGCCCUGUGCCAAAUACGUCUCCUGCGUGGAGUGCAAGGCCUCUGAGAGUGGCCCCUUUGAGAAGAACUGCUCCCAGGCCUGCCCCAACAUCCGUGUGGUCAAUAAUGUGACAGGGGAGAGCAGGCAGUGCAGGGAGAAGGACUCCCAAAACUGCUGGAUCUCCUUCCGCAUGGUCCAGGAGGAUGGCAAGGAGAUAUACACCGUCUCUGUGGAUCCUGAUAAAGAGUGCCCAAAGCCUCCCAACAUCGCGCUGAUUGUGGGUAGCACCGUGGCCGGCGUGGCCCUCAUCGGCCUGGUGCUUCUGCUGAUCUGGCGGCUCCUGAUGGAACUGUUUGACCGCCGGGAAUACCGCCGGUUCGAAAAAGAGAAGUCCAAGGCCAAGUGGAACGAUGCUGAUAACCCCCUCUUCAAGAGUGCCACAACCACAGUCGUGAACCCCAGGUUCAAUGACCAAUGA